AGAAGAUUUCCGAUUUUGAUUUUGGGAUUUGCACUUUGGUUGUGGAGGGGAUCGUCUUUGAUAAAUUUGGCAAAACAAUAUGGGAAUUUGGCUAUUUGGACUAAUUUACAAACAUUAUGGUGGGCAUUUUGGGGUUGGUAUGGGUUCUUAAGAGGAGCGUGA